UCAAUUCAACUAAAGAAGUGAGUUUGUCAGUCGGCUAUAAGCUAACAGAAAUCCACUCUCAAAUGGCGUCAUCCUUACCGUCCGUUCACUCGGCUAAGGUUAUCGACGGCAAAGCCAUCGCCCAGACAGUCCGAUCUGAAAUCGCAGACGAAGUUCGUCAACUCUCUGAGCAACACGGCAAGGUGCCGGGACUGGCAGUGGUAAUAGUUGGGAACAGGAAAGAUUCGCAGAGCUAUGUGGGCAUGAAGAGGAAAGCUUGCGCCGAAGUUGGGAUUAAGUCCUUCGAUUUGGACCUUCCCGAAGACGUUUCCCAAACCGAACUCAUUGCCAAGGUCCACGAGCUCAACGCCAAUCCGGAUGUACACGGAAUACUGGUUCAGCUUCCAUUGCCCAAGCAUAUAAAUGAAGAGAAAGUGUUGAGUGAAAUUAGCAUCGAGAAGGAUGUAGAUGGCUUUCACCCGCUCAACAUUGGCAAGCUUGCAAUGAAAGGCAGGGAUCCUCUAUUCCUUCCUUGUACUCCUAAGGGGUGCCUUGAGCUUCUCUCACGAAGUGGUAUAAGUAUAAAAGGUAAGAAGGCUGUUGUGGUGGGUCGAAGUAACAUAGUUGGGUUGCCUGUUUCGUUACUUCUUUUGAAGGAAGAUGCUACAGUCACCAUUGUUCAUUCACGUACUUCUGAGCCAGAGAAAAUCGUUUCUGAAGCGGACAUUGUUAUUGCAGCAGCAGGACAGCCAAUGAUGAUCAAAGGCAGUUGGAUUAAACCUGGUGCUGCAGUAAUCGAUGUUGGCACAAAUGCGGUGGAUGACCAGAGUAGAAAGUCAGGGUAUAGGCUAGUUGGAGAUGUAGAUUUCCACGAGGCAUGCACGGUAGCAGGAUGGAUUACUCCUGUUCCGGGUGGCGUAGGCCCAAUGACUGUUGCAAUGCUUCUCAAGAACACUUUGGAAGGCGCCAAGAGUGCCAUGGCAAAAUAAAGCUUGUCUUCCCAAAUCGUGGCAUGGUCAGAUGUAAGACGUUCCAAACCCGAUGAAAAUGUCACAUUGUAAUAUUAUGUCUCAUAAUCAAAUGUUGGAAAUUUUCUUUUGCUAAUAAAAUUUCAAGUUUUGUAAGGUUCAUUAUAGAGACAUUUACAUGAAUUUUUAUCAAAAAUAAUAAUGAUUUUUUUUUUUGUUUUA